GAUAGCGUUGUUACGGUACACGUACUUUAACUGAUUUCUAAAUACCCAUAAGACAAGGUCUAGGCGUAUACCGACAUCGAUUUGGUCUUAUAACUUGUAUGUGUUGUACGUUUGGCAAAGUGAGAUAGAGUUAAGGGAACGGAGAAGGCUAACAGAAGAAGGAUUAACAUUUUACAUCUGGAACAUUUUCGCAACAAUCAAACAUGCAGGCUACACACCAAACGGUCGUUGUUACCCAGCAACCUAUGAUGAGCGGAAAAAGCAACAUGAUGGUUUGUAGCCUUAAUGGCCACCGGGACUGGGACAGUGGCCUCAUGGCGUGUUGCACUGACUGCAGGUCAUUGUUGAUGACCUACUUUUGCCUACCAUGUUCUCUCUGCGACAUAUCCAGCCGCACCGGCGAAUGCAUGUGCAUGCCCUUCUGUGUUGCCGGAGGACUCCUCGCCCUCCGCGCGAGGAUCAGGACGUUGGGUGGCAUACAGGGCUCUAUUUGCGGCGACUGCAUUGCCAUCAGCUGUUGUGGCCUGUGCGCGAUUUGCCAGAUGCAACGCGAAUUGGACGCUAUGGGUCUAUAAGCUGCGAGUGCGAGUGAUCAAUCCUAAUUCGUCAUCUAUGCAUUUGGAAAAAAAUACAUUUAUUUUUGUAAUGCCGGAAACACUUAAAUGUGUUUGGUUCAGUUUAUAUUUUUAUUGAGUCUUUGGAUAUUUACCGUUGAUUACUAAUGUUUUAUUUGGAAUAUAUGGUAAUAUGUGUGUCCAAUAUUCUUAACGUCACGUAUUCUGUCUAAUUUGCCCCGGGACUAUUUAUACCAGUUUUGUUCUCAUGAAGAUACGCACAAUUACAGGACGUCAUCGUUAUUUAACAUAAACGUGUGUUCAAAUUAUCCAUUUAACUAAUUUGCGUUAUUGAUCAUUCAAGUUUUUUAAUCUAAGGCAUUUAAUAUAGCAUGGGUACUUAGAAAGCAGGGAAUGCAUAUUAAUCCUACAUGACCACUCUUAUACAUUGGUUGAAGCUUCAACAAGUAACCACUUACAUUAUCAAUAUCGUGGUUUACAUUUUUUUAAUGUUUAAGCAAGUAGUGUCAAUUUUUCGUGCGUUUCUUUUUUUCCUUUGUUAUUGUACUUAUCUGAAACACAAAUGAUUUUAGAAGGGCAUUUUGUUAGGACAGCGCGGCAGUGAUCUGUUUAUUUUGUAUACUGUAUUUAGAAUAUGUGAGUACUAAAUACAUAUCAUAUCUAUCAAUAAUGUAUUGGUUAAUUUGUCAUGCAAUGAGAAGUACUCUUCAAAUAUUUUUCAUUUAACUAGAUUAAACACAGUUGGAUCCACUACACUUAAAUUUCAUUACAACGCGCAAUACUAUGGAUUUUACAAAAGGUUUCAUUAAACAUCGUUUAUAUUGAAAUAUGUAUGUUUGUACACAACGGCAUAACCUGUUACACACAUUUCAUGUUAUGUGUGUUAAUCGUAAGCACGAUACAUUUUUACCUGCUUAAAUCGCGUGACCACAACAAUAUAUAUAAUUCUUACAAAGUUCAUCAAAGUACGAUUUCGCAAUCUGAUUACAGCCCUUUUAAUAUUUAGACGGUUUUAAAUACACACAUCUAGAUUAACAUCGUGUGUGGGUGUUUGCGGUUUUAGCAAUAUAAUCGGUCAAUGUGCUGUGACGUUAUCGCGUAGAAACAGUUAUCAAGACGCACCCGGUGGGUUUAUCGACAUAUAUCUGAAGAGUAAGCUCUUCACCGAAAGAAUGUUUGCAACGCGUUUUGUUUGACGAAUUAGAAAUUAAGUGACGUGGACUUUGCUUCGAUGCAAAGAUAAGUCACCAAUUGAUAACUAUGUGUGCAAUGAUGUAUGGUUAUCGCAGUGGUUGGUUCAUGCGGUUCUCAUCUCGACAACCCGAUUUUAAACCGCGGUCAACAUACCGGUAGAUUUUACUUCGGGUCUCUCCGGUUCCCUUCUCCUACUCCAAUUAAACAAGACAACCUUAAAAUUGAAGAUCUUUGAUGAAACAAUACAUAGCCCGAAAUCGCUAUUAUAUAUUUCUUUUAAUUGUCUCGGCUUUCGUUAGUCUAGUAAAUUACUUUGGUCCUUACAUGCAACUGUAUGGCCUCCUAAAUAUAAAACUCGUCGUGCACAAACACACACACUUUCUUUGAUCUAAAUCGAUUGAUUAUUUUAGAUAUCUCGAUUGAAAUCGAUAACAUUCACUCUUGUUUAAAUUACAAAGAUUAGACGUCAAUGAACGUUUUGUGACUUUCUUGUAUUUUAUUUUUGUACGAUCAUAAAUCUUUGAAAGUUCUUACCUGUAAGAAAUGCUUAGAUUUGGAUGAAUAUCUUUUUGUAAAAAAAAACAACACAAAAUCACAUACUCCUUUAAAGUCACCGUCAAAGCGAAACACGUUCAUGUUAAAAAAAUUAGUAGCAAGCUGGAUCCAUAAACACGUUAUUUUGCUACAAGACUGCUUUGAAUGUUGUUUCGAUACAUUUUUGUUAUGUGGAAAACAAUACCGAUUGAGGAAAGUGCAGAAUAAAAAAUAAAAAAAAGAAGAAAUUAAAACACGAUUUACACGAAAAUUUGUUAUAAAUCAGCAAUGCACCCACCCUCUAAUUAGUCAAUCUGCGCAACUGUAUAUCAUGAUUAUUAUUUUGAAUAUAAUACCAAAUGCCGUGUGCUUAUAAAGAUAGUAACACUUU